CGGAGACAGUCAGCCUUGGAUGGAUUUAUACGAAACUCUCUUACCGAAUCAGAGCACAGGUCCAACGUUCUUCCCGUAAACGAAAAGAUGCUGCUAAGGUCUCCAGAGAUAUCUCUAUCAGGCGCUGUUCAACUCUUCAAGGCGCUAGUUCAUCGCCCAGUUGAUGAUGGGGAUCUGAAAUACGCUGCCGAAGCAAUUCUCACUCCCGUUUCAACAGGAAAAUCAACUGGACCUGAACACCGACAGGCAAUAUACUCCCUUUUGGCAUUUAUUCCUCCCUCUCUACAAAUAUCAUCUCUUAUCAUUAAGAUUGUCAGUCCUCUUAUGGAAAAAGAGACCAAUGACCCAGUCUUAUCCGCCAUCUCGGAGGCACUGCCAAAGCACAUUGUAUCUGUUUUCCAAAAUUCGGGUCAACUAGAACGCGUCACAAUUUCGAUUAUCAUAAAAGAAAUGUCAUCAGUGAAGCCAGCAUCUCGUAGAGCGGCAGUUUCGAUGAUUGGCCAAGUUUUCUGGAAGCUUUCUCUCUUGGUCA